UAUAUGACGAAGUGGAUGAACUGUACUUUCCAUGAAACAUGUCCGCCGAAGAAAUCUUUGGGGAGGGGAACAUUUAUUCUCGAAAUGCGUUUUCACUAGAAGCCUGCAAACUUGAGUCUUAAAACUAAAAUGGCUGCUGACGGAGAUUGUCCCAGUCAAUUUGCUGGACAACCAUGGUCCGUUUGGACGGAACAUUUAGGAAGAGAUAGUCCCAUAAGUGAUGAAGAGGAAAUCGAAAGAAAACACCAAGCAGAUGCAAUGAGGCUACCAAGAGAAGAUAUGGGGCUCUUUGGCCACUGUCCUGAACGAGAUCCUUUCUACACAGUGGUGUGUGAAUUCUGCAAUACUUUAGUGAAACCUCAGGGCUUACGAAACCAUAUGGACCUUUGGCACAAAGUAACAACUGUAGAAUCCACGCAUGGGCUGGAACCGUCUGAGAAGACGAUUAAAUGUACAGUAGGGCCCAAAGCGGGACCUGGUGCCAAGGCAAAUUCUGGGACAGUGAAGAUAAAAGUAAAGAAGCCCCAGAGCAGCAGUUCCACAAGUGUCCCUAUGGAGCGGUUGUUGGCGUCGAAUCAGCCCCAUGCUGGCAGCGUUCUCCCGGCUGACGGUGUUGUUGCAUUGUCAAAGGGAGCGGACAAGAUCUUGUUGCAGUCAGAGAAGGCCGUGGGAAUGGGUCGCAGCCAGACUGUGUCAACGGGUCCAGUUUCUCUGCAGGUAGUGGUUGAGUUGGCCACCAUCAUGUCCAUUCUUCCACGGCGUGCCUUCCAAGCAAUCUCAGAGACUCUGAACACAGCUACUACUACUACUACCACUACCGCUGCUACAGCUACCAGUCACAACCAUUCUUUGAACAUUACGCCAGGAGACCAGUUAAACCAUAGUCAGCGAAUUUCAGGUUCUCCUCAGAAGAAGCGACUGAAAUCUGAUAAAUUACCAAUUAAGGAGCGUGAAUACGAUCCUGACAAACACUGUGGUGUAUGGAACGAAGAAUCGAAUAAACAUUGCACUCGGUCUUUGACGUGCAAAACACAUUCGAUAUCAAUGCGGCGAGCUGUAAUGGGCAGGAGUAAAUAUUUCGACAAGCUUCUUGCUGAUCACAGAGCUGCAAAAGAAGUGGCAGGGAAGCUGGGCAAGGCAUUAGGGAUAGUGCAGGUUGCUGGUUUGGAUGGCGACGGUGCUCAACUGCCCUCUCCAGUCAAUGGUUCUACAACUGCGGUGCCUGCUGCUGACCUACCUACAUCUUGUUUGGGGUCUCUCCCUACUCCUAUGUCGCUUUCCCCUGACCCUCAAGUGAAUGGCAUACAAAAUUCCAGUUCGGAGCCUCACUCUCCUCAUUCACCAUCAUUCCCUGCAUCAGAUCCUCCACUUAUAACAUUACCUGAUCUUACCAUAGAUUCAUUUGAACCUGUGACAUCCCUUGUAUCACUUCCUUCAAAAUCACCAGUAUUAAAUUCUGUGGCUCACUUUUCUCCUGGAGCUUGCCACCUUCCUCGACCUCCAGAAGAGUCACUCGAGUUUGUCCCAAAGUUGGAGGAAGUGACAUGGUUACGCUCCCAGCCAAAGCCUCUGACCGUUUGCUCAUUUUCUUCACGCAAACUUGGGGGUGUCGAGGCAAACAACAGAAGAGUGGAGUUGUUUUGCCAUGGACUCAAGACUGCCCUGACUGAGGGAUGCCUCAGGAUCCCCCACUCUAUCCUUCGCACGGCAAAGGAAAAGGUUCUUGCUGUGCGGCACAAGCCAGUGGUAGCAAAGCGGGUUGUGUGGCAUAGCUGAUGUUCAGUCUGGACUAUUUGCAUAAUUUUUCUAUGAGCAGGGCUGGCUCAAGAAUAUGUAGGGCCUGGUGUGGAAUGCCUCUUUUGAGGCCUAUCACAGUAUACCAAAAAUUUUCUGUAUUUGAACUUUCAUUUAACAAAAUGUUUAGUCUUAUUUUUCAUAAUAAAAUUCACCUAGGCCCUCCAGGGCCUUGGCAAGCAUGGGGCUCUGUACGAAUGCAUCAUUCGCACUACCCACCAGUCAGCCCUGCCUGGGAGAUUCUGUGAGAAUGAAGUAGACCCUUGUUGCCUCAUUUUGUAUUGUUGAAUUAAACAUUAAUUAAUUAAGUAAUUUAAUUAAUUAAUGGACUUUUUAAUUUAUGUUUUAAAUUUUUAGUACAUUUUGUUCUGUGGAGUAGAAAUUUUAAUUUGCACAUAAUUCGGAAAAUCUGCAUUUUUAUUAUAUUGUGCAGUGUACCUGUGUUGUUCAUUAUUAUGAUUAUUAGUUCUAUCAUAAUUAAUUUUUAUUUGUAUGAUAUUCAGCAAAAUCUCUUCCUUCACUUUACCCUAAUUAAUGACUGUUAUGGGGUAACACAAUGUGGCUGCAUUUUAUGUACCUUCUGCAAUGAAGACUGUUCUGUCUUGCAUUAGUGAAAAGUCAUGAACUCGGUGCAGGGUGUAAACAUUUUAAACAUGAUUACAUUCCUUCACUCUGAUUGUGCCAUCUAAAAGUGAUUAGAUAUCCAGCAAUGUAGAAAGUGAGAUUUUCCCUUAAUGUGAAGACUGUCUUGCUUAUGGAUGUAUAAUGCAAACUAAAAAUUUCAUUUAAAUGCAUUGCCCAGACAUUUGCCUAUCCCUUUCUUAUUAACUAAACGGUAGCUUCAUGUAUGCAUAUGUCAUUUAAGUAUCCUUGAGGGGCUUGUGGAAGUAAAAAAAAAAAAAAUUAUAUUUAAUUCAGUGUGCAUCAGUAUCAAACUACCUUUGCACACAUGUAAAGCCUUCUCCUGUUUGAACUCCUCUUGCACAUUUAGCUGCCUUGGUAGGGUUGCUGUUGCUCUAUUGGCACAUGGUCAGAGACUGGGUUUAAAAAAAGUUGAAGAGCAACUGUACAGUAAAUUACUAGUUCCACAAUGUUUGCUCACAGAAGCAGUCCCUUAAUGUGAAUGUAACUCCACUUCUGGUGGACAUUCAUGCUCAUUACAGGUGGAGAGGUUAACAUUUGCAUGAUUACUAGUCUGGUUUUGUCUCCUUUUUAUAUGAAGUAAAACAUGCUCGAUGUGCUAUUGCUGAAGGUGUAGAGUAUAAGAAUGAAACAGGGAUUACUUUGUGGGAGUCUGUGUUACUAAUGGUGCAACAAUCUGUAUGUACUUAGACCAAAAAUUGUUUAUGGCUGCCGGCAAAUUCAAUGUUAGACUUUGUGCAAUAGGGCAAAAUAUUUCAUUAUUGUCAAUCAGUAUUACUACUGUUGUGCAUAUCUCUGGAUGUCACAAAAUCCUGGGCGCUGCAGGUCAGCGUAAAGGAUUCAAUGUGCACAAGGCGAUCUGUGGUUAUGUGCCAGCAGCAAAAUUCCAAAAUUGUAAUUAGUUUUUUAUUUUAAUAUUGGUAUGUGUUUCUGUUCCACCCUCUUUUUCUGGGUAAGGUUUAUUGAUAGGAAGAGAAAAGAACUUGGUUAGGGAAUGAAAAUAUGCAGAGCUUUCUGCUCUUGUGUACCAAUUUCAUUAGCUUAGUUUUGACCUUUGCAGGAUCAUGACGCACACCUGUGUAAUUUAUUUUAAUGUAGAUAACUUUAGUGCUACUCAUUCUCUGGGAAACUUCUUCUCUCUUCCUAGUUUUUGGAUAUAACUAAAAUGUAGCUGUUGUGGAGUGUGAGUCAAACAUUCAUUAACCAUGACUUUGAAAUUAAGUGUAGACUCAGACUGAGUAUAAUUGCUAGUAAUUACUUCGGAAAUAAUUAUACAUAACAAGAAUGAUGUGCUGUAUUUGCCAGAUUGUUGAUCCAUGAAUUGUAUUUAUUUAUUGUAAGUCAUGUAUGGUACUGAGAAGUUUCAUGGACUGAAUGACUGUCGUGUAUGUUCUUGGAACAUUGUGUGAAAAGGUUCCUCAGCAUUUGAAAUAUUAUUCGUCUUCAUGGGAUGUAUUAUCCCCAGCAUCAGGAGAAAUCCAUUACUUUGUAUUAAGUCAACAGAAAAUACAGAAAAUCAUCUGUGCUUAAC